GAACAUGCUUGCCAAUUCAGCCAGCGUGCGGAUUCUCAUCAAGGGAGGCAAGGUGGUGAACGAUGACUGCACCCAUGAGGCUGAUGUCUACAUCGAGAACGGCAUCAUCCAGCAGGUGGGCCGUGAGCUCAUGAUCCCCGGAGGGGCCAAGGUGAUCGAUGCCACUGGGAAACUGGUAAUCCCUGGAGGCAUCGACACCAGCACCCACUUCCACCAGACCUUCAUGAAUGCCACGUGCGUGGAUGACUUCUACCACGGGACCAAGGCAGCACUAGUUGGAGGAACCACCAUGGUCAUCGGCCAUGUCCUGCCUGACAAGGACACCUCCCUCGUGGAUGCCUACGAGAAGUGCCGGGGUCUGGCUGACCCCAAGGUCUGCUGUGACUACGCCCUCCAUGUGGGGAUCACCUGGUGGGCACCCAAGGUGAAAGCGGAGAUGGAGACGCUGGUAAGAGAGAAGGGUGUCAACUCAUUCCAGAUGUUCAUGACCUACAAGGACUUGUAUAUGCUUCGGGACAGUGAGCUGUACCAAGUGCUGCACGCCUGCAAAGACAUCGGGGCAAUCGCCCGAGUCCACGCCGAGAAUGGAGAGCUCGUGGCCGAGGGUGCUAAGGAGGCACUAGAUUUGGGUAUCACGGGCCCGGAAGGAAUUGAGAUCAGCCGUCCAGAAGAGCUGGAAGCUGAAGCCACUCACCGAGUUAUCACCAUUGCAAACAGGACUCACUGUCCGAUCUACCUGGUCAAUGUGUCCAGCAUCUCAGCCGGUGACGUUAUCGCAGCUGCUAAGAUGCAAGGGAAGGUUGUGCUGGCCGAGACCACCACUGCGCAUGCCACGCUGACAGGCUUGCACUACUACCAUCAGGACUGGUCCCAUGCGGCCGCCUACGUCACAGUGCCUCCCCUGAGACUAGACACCAACACCUCGACCUACCUCAUGAGCCUGCUGGCCAAUGAUACUCUGAACAUUGUGGCAUCAGAUCACCGGCCUUUCACCACAAAGCAGAAGGCCAUGGGCAAGGAGGACUUCACCAAGAUCCCGCAUGGAGUGAGUGGCGUGCAGGACCGCAUGAGCGUCAUCUGGGAGAGAGGCGUGGUUGGAGGGAAGAUGGAUGAGAACCGUUUUGUGGCCGUCACCAGUUCCAAUGCAGCGAAGAUCCUCAACCUGUAUCCCCGCAAGGGCCGCAUCAUCCCGGGAGCCGAUGCCGACGUGGUGGUGUGGGACCCAGAAGCCACAAAGACCAUCUCGGCCAGCACCCAGGUGCAGGGAGGAGACUUCAACCUGUACGAGAACAUGCGCUGCCAUGGCGUGCCGCUGGUCACCAUCAGCCGGGGCCGGGUCGUGUAUGAGAACGGUGUCUUCAUGUGCGCUGAGGGCACUGGCAAGUUCUGUCCCCUGAGGUCCUUCCCAGACACUGUCUACAAGAAGCUGGUCCAGAGAGAAAAGACCUUAAAAGUUAAGGGAGUGGAUCGCACUCCCUACCUGGGGGAUGUAGCUGUCGUAGUACAUCCUGGGAAAAAAGAGAUGGGAACACCGCUCGCAGACACUCCUACCCGGCCCGUUACCCGACAUGGGGGCAUGAGGGACCUUCAUGAAUCCAGCUUCAGCCUCUCUGGUUCUCAGAUCGAUGACCAUGUUCCAAAGCGAGCCUCGGCUCGGAUCCUCGCUCCCCCCGGAGGCAGGUCAAGCGGCAUUUGGUAAAGGCACCAACCAGCACCCCCCCCAAGUGAGGAUGCAUCGCUGCCACCAGCCCGCACACCCUCCAGUCGCAGCUGCAGGGGCAGGAGAGGCUGGGCUGGGCAGCUCACCACCUGAGCGAGGGGCCAGGUCCCGGGAGCCCUCCUCAUGUCUGACACGUGAUUCACUGUGCUUCGAGCCAACCCUAACAGGCACUUUGAGAUGCGUUCCUCCUGCUGCAGUCCUCUCCUGCCCUGGCCUCGUGGGGCCCAGGAAGCCCACACUAUGCACAGAGCCCAACACGCAGAGCCCGGCCCAGCCCCUCCUCUCACACCUCCACGUGCUGGCUUCAGGAAAGCCCAGACUUUAGUGCCCUGCCCCUGGCCCCGCCAGUCGUCCAGAGCACUUUAGCAGAUAUGUUUUAAAAGGACCCCCCUCCCCAUCCCCUUAGGCUCCGUGGUCACCUUUCUCAAGUUAGACAGGUGUUAGCUGCCCGGCCAAGCCCAGAAUGUCCCAUUUUCCUGACUCAGCUCCGGCCCUGUGUGGAUGUGGUUGGGACACUCUGCGCCCUUUACCAGCUUCUUCUCCCCACCCUGCCCUCUGGGAGUCACACCCAGAAGGCUAGCUGGGCUGGGCGCAAGGCUGAUGCCAGGCGCGUGUACAUGAUUUUGUUUUGCACGUUUGGUUUGCGCAGUGGUUUGGUUUGACUUGUUUGUGCAUCCUGUGACAAUUAACGGUGCUUUGUGUCAUAGCAUAGCAUAGAAACAGGAAUAGAUGUGGACCUUAGGAGAUGCUGCACUCGACACCAACCAGACAGCCUAGGGCACGGGCGGGCGGGGGAGGGUGUGCUAGACUCACAGGCCCCUCUCCCCACAUGGAGUCUUCCAGGCUGCCACCCACACACCCUGUCCCAGGCCCUAUUCCCAUCCCUUCCCCUCCUGGUCUAGUUCCCUACAUUCUGAGAGGGUGCCCAGGAUGCUGGCCCUGGAGAUCUUUGGGGAGCAAGAAGGCCUUUUCCAGUCUCUGGCCCUGAUCACUCCCAGCAGUAACACCCCCAAACACCCAGGUUCCUAUAAACUCCCCCUGCUGGACAGAGGCCUGGCUGCUCCUCCUGUGUGACUGGUGAGGGGCCUGAUGUUUGCCGAGAGAGGGGGAGAGGGCUAGCUAGGUGCCAGGGAAGGAAACCAGGCCAGCAGGACCUGACUAUAGAGCCUGCAUUGCUGCGCAGUUGCUCUAGUCUCCUGUGGACAGCACUGUGCCCUCACCUGCUGUGGCCUCCAUUUCCUCCACGUCCAGUUGGGCCCUCCCUGCCUCCAAAGCUCCAGGAGGUUUCCAUGGAAACUCGAGAGGCUGGGUGACCUCCCAGCUGCCUGCCCUGGUUAAGCCUUGUCGUCUCCUCGGGGAAGUGAUCUCACGUUGCACAUUCGGUUUGAGCACCCAGGCUGCGCGUGGCUCCUGGACUCUUGGGCUAGUGGUCACACCCUGUACAUUUCUAUCGUGCUUUCCAUGUUUCCAAACCACUUCCAUAACCGAGUCCUCAACUGCUUCUUACGACAGAGCAUGUGUCAUUCUCUCCAUUUCAAAGGUGAGGCCCAGAAAGCUUAGGCCUCUGACCCCAGAAGUGUCCAUGACCACCCUUAAGAGCUUGGCUGUCUACCCUAGCUGUGGAAAGGAAGAGUGGGGUGAUGUCCCUUGUAGAUCCCACUGAGUUUAACCAGUUAGAAGACUUACUCCCCUAGUAGGGAUUUUGCUUUGUUUUGCACAGGUAGGUAGAUUUUUGUCAUAAACAAACUAAUGCAUAUUCACUGUUGGAGCCAGAAUUAGUUACAUGCUGGGGGGUUGCCAUGUGGUUUGAGCUGCCUCCACAUCGUCGCUUGUCCCUUCAUGCUCAUCUUCCUCACUUAGGGGCUGAGAUGACAGAGACUGUAACCCAGGGAACAGAGGCAGCAAUGGCACUCGUAGAGAGUGGCAGCCAUGGGGACAGGAGUAGGGACCUGGGCCUGGGAAACCGUGACACUGACCCCUUGGUGCAGUGCCCAUCAUCUUUGUCUCUUUCAGCCCUUGCUGGGUCAUGGGCCUUGGGCAGAUGCCAAAGAGCCGAGCAGUGGUGGCCCGUGGGCAGAGCAUCCCUGCUCGGGCUAGGAAAGCUUUACCUUCUCUGAGUGCCUCCGCCUGAGAGAUGCAUGGCCUGGGCUCUGGGAGACCACAUCUCUGAGUGGUCCACCGUCGGCCUCCCACUUCAUCCCCCCUGAUCCUUACCCAGACCCCACCCUUGCCCAGGAGCUUCUAGAUGAAAAUCAGAAGGAGGUUCAAGGAACCAAAUGAAUGGUCAGCCCCCACCAUCUGCUCCUGGCCCGUGUGCAGAGCUCCAGCCAGCUCCACCACCAACCCCACUGGCUCCUGGUUGCACUGAAUGCAGCUCUCAAACUGGUCUUGUACUUGCUGAAUAAAUACUGUUGUUCUUGCCUUAGCUGCUCUCUAGGUUUGUGGGGUUAAGUUACAGAAAAUCGUGCUACUGUGUGUGCGCGUGUGUGUGUAUGUAGUGCUAGGAGUCCACAUUAGGUCUCUGUCAAGCCAAUGCCUUGAUGAGGGCUUUUCCAAUACUGACCCAGAAACCACAGAACCACACAGAAACCCAAACCCCCUCCAGCUACCCAGGCGGCAGGCACAGCCUGGGGUCGGGAUGGAGCCUCCAGCACCCAAGUGACUUCCUCCCUCCUCUGUAAAAGUCAUGGUGCUAAGAUUGUGUCAACCCUAAGACAACACAUGGUCCUGUGCUUUGGCCACCCAUCUGAGGCAAAAACAAAACAGCCCGACACCUUGUGUUCUGGUGCAGGUUUGUAUUAAACUGUAGCUACUUCUCA